UGACGUGUUCCUAUUCGGAUUAUAGUUUGUGCUAUAUACCCCUGACGGGACCGCAGUGAGAGGUCCGAAUAAAAGAAACUCGAGGAUUAUCCUCAAGUGAUUUCAUGUGGAAGGGGUAUAUGCAUGGCACUUGUUUCCUAUGGCAUCAAAUGAUAAACAAGAUCAUCUCACUGGCCACAAUCAAUUGCCUUGCCUGUAUGAUACAUCAAUAUGGGGAUCUAUCUUGGCUUCAGUGAAAGAACAGCUCCCAUCUUUUGACUCAGAUUCUUCCUUGUCAGAUGAGGAAGAUGGGGAAUUAUUCAUCUUCCAGAGAGAUGAAGAAAAUCUGAUUCCGGACUUAACUGAAGAAUUGGCAGAUGACCCAGACACUCAGCUUCUGGAAUCUGUGAUAAAUGCUAGAAAGAACUGGUAUGGAGGGAUAAAGGAUUCAGCCAUUCUUGAAGGGAAAGAUGCUAGCAAGCCUUCGCUGAUUGGUCCGCUAUUUGCAGACACUGAAGAAAUUCAAACAGGCAUUCAUCUCGGGAUCACUGAAAAAAGUGCCAAGUGGCAGAAAGGAGAUACUUGGGAUUUGUUUAGAUCUAGCACUCAGGCUCUUAUCACAGGACCCCAGGAGGAAGAAUUCUCAACUUCAACCUAUAAAAAAGGUCUCACAACUGACAAUUUAGGGACUGGUAAUUUAUCUUCCUCUGAAGAGUCAGAUUCCACAAGCAUAAAAGCUAUCAGAAAAGAGAGAAGAAGGAUGAUAGAGAAGAACAUACUUCACAAGAAAAUCAAGGAGUUUCCACUUGAAAAUUUAAGUUGUUCACAAUUCACAGAACCCAUAACCCAUGAAUCCACUGAGUCAGAGGAUAUAGAAGAAAAGGUGCCAGCCAAACAUGAAGGCUUGAAAUUACGGUCUCUUGAGAUACUUGAAGAGUGGGAUUUAGAUAAGAUACUUCAAAACCUGGAGGCACAAAAAAGCCAGGGAGAAUGUACAACAGGAGCCACAUACUGGGAAGUCGACCCUUCUUUUAAAGGCCAAGAAAGCCUUGUGUCCAAAACCCAGGACAGGCUUAUGGAGCAGCUAGUCACCUUGUGUUCCAAACAGUCUAAAGAUUUAUCCUUAUCCUAUAAGAAGCCUUCUGACAAGCUCUGCCAUCCUGUGGAAGACCAGGUCAGAAGCAGAAAUUCUAGGUGUAUAUCACACCUAACACCAGGGAAGAGGCAAGAUGUUGCUAAAGACACAAAGCUGAAGGGGAUGAUGGAGCCUCCCACAGUUUUCAUUGACCUCAGGCAGCCUGAGCCAAAGAAAUCAGUGCCUCUGCCUGGGUCAGAACACAGAUUCCAAAAUCAAGGGGACCAGCUCAGCUCCAAUGAUAGCUCUACCGAAAGUGAGGAGGUUCCAGAUGUGAGAGAUGAGAAAGAACCCAGAGAGAGAAUUUCACAAGGACCAAGGGACCAGACUGGGAAAAGUUACCUGCUACAACAGCUCCGUGCUUUCCAGAAGACCUCUCAGUCAUGUGGCACUGAAACUAAAGUGAUUACCCAAGAGGGCCAUGAUACGCGGGAUGCUGAAACUUUUGAAGAUGUGGCCAAUUCAGGAAUCAGGAGAAAACAACAUGUGGUAACAAGAAAGACCCAUCAGAACACUUCUGUGAGGCCACUGGGAUCUAAAUGGCUCCCCUUCCUAGACCAGGAGGCCAGAGGUAGAGGAGAAAAUCAAAAGGGCAUAGACGAGCAUCUGGAUUCAGAAAAAUUCAUUGUGGAGUUGGCAACUCCUCUGAAUAAAACAAGAGAAACCUCAAGGGAGAAGAGAUUUAAAUGCAAGUUGAAGCACCUCUUAGAAAGAAAUACUAGAAAAGCAGUUGGAAGAACUAAUGUGGAAUGUCUGCCUAACCUUCAAGAACAUUCACCAACAUGAAGCCCAUGACUUCUCUCAAAGCAGCAAUUCAAAUAAGCUAUCCCUUGGCACAACAAAAAUGAGUUGACUUCAUGGAAGGAGUAGAGAGAAUUCACAUCAGUCUCAGAUAAAAGCCCCUGGCAAAGAUUGCAAGCCUCCAAUGUGACCACUUACACCACAAAGAAGCUGUUAAACCACUUCAUUGACAAAGGAAGCCUUGCUUUCCCAUGGCAUGGGAUGCACUUUCAUGUGUUUGCCCUAUAUCAGGCAAAUGAGGAAACAAGUCACAGCCUUUGACACCUGACAGGAUAUGAAAGCAGCAAAUUAUAGGAGUCAUUCUUCAGUCAUCACUUAGAUUUCUCUGUUUCCUAGAAGCAAGGAGACCUGAGCCAUGGCUCAUCACACAUUUGAAUAUGCUCUUUCAUCUCAUAUCUAACCAUGACCCUGAUUGAAUAGGAGCUAGGGAAGCAGCAGAAGACCCAGCCACCAGCCCUGAUAAAUACUAGGUUGAGGAAGGGAAUUAAACUAGUUUCCAAGUAGGAUAAUAGAAAAUCAGAAGAGGACUUGUAGUUUUGACUGUGACCAGGAACAGGCCCAGACUGUCUUGAAUAGCUAUGGCUUCCCUGGGCCCUCCAUAACCUCCACCCACAUCCAUAUACCCCUAGACUACCUUAAGACCUGAGCUCUGACUAGGGAGCUCUUCAACUUGAUAGUUUCAUUUGAUGUCAGCAUAGAGCUGCCCAACAUUCCACUACCUUGGUAUUCAAAGGCUUCUUGUUUUUUAAUUCCAGUGUUUCUUUUCCCCCUCUAAUAUCAGCAAAUGUAUUAAAAUAUCUAUUAAAUAAAGUAAUAGAAAAUCAACUUUCAGUUCCAAGUUCAACAGCAGUUCCGGAUGAUCUUUUUGUUAAGGAAAUCAAGACAAGGUCAAUGGGCUGGGAAUUGUAUUUUAAGAGCUUUUGCAAGGUUUUUAAGUAUUGACAACUCUUAACAGUCUGCCUAAUGGUGUGCUGGUAAAUGUUUAACAACCAGCUCUCUGAAAACCCACAACACACUUCCAAGUUUAAUCUGCA